CGCGCGCUCUGUUCAGAACCGCGGCUUGGCGGGAAUCGAUAAGUAGUCGCGGAGCUUGCGGACGUCAUUGACGUAGUUAAAGGCCACGGUGGUCCGGAGCCUAUCCUAAAUCACUGGGCGCAAGGCUUCGGGGUGGAAGGGGGAUCGAUUGCAGAGUCUGUUGCAGGGUUGCCACACAUACAGUUGAUCCGCAGACACGCCAGCAUGCUGUUCGGGGGCCGCAAGAAGAAGGGAGUCGAAAACCCACAGACGGAGCUCUAUGGACACUGCUUGCAGCUGUACACCCAGCCGCCGCUGGAGAACAUCUCCCUGGUUGAGUUUGAGCAAUUCGCCGUGGACCGCAUGAAGUUGCUCAAAACGGUGGAGAAUUUGGGCGUGACUCACAUCAAGACCUCUGAAGAUUACAGCAAGAAACUGCACGCUGAGAUCUCCAGCCUGAACUUUCCUCACAGGACAGAAGCUGUGGCUAGUGAGUAUGAGAAAAGGAGGAAGGAUCACAUCUCCCACUUCAUCCUGCGACUUGCUUACUGCCAGACAGAAGACCUGAGGCGCUGGUUUAUACAACAAGAAAUGGACCUUUUUCGCCACCGCUUUAAUGAUCUGAGUCCUAAAAGCAAGAGUGACUUUCUGCAUCGAAACAGUCUGCAGUAUGAAACGAUAAGUGUUGAGGAAAAGAAAAGCCUGAUGGAGAAGCUGAUUAACUCCAGUUAUGCUUUCAGUGGCUGCACCGUUGAGGAGCAGGACUUCUACAAGGUGCCUUUCCAAGAUGCGCUCGAUCUAGUGCGGAUGAGAAAGGUCUUCGUCAAGGAUGGGUUUGCGUAUGUCCCCCACCAGGACAUUGUCACCAUUGUGCUCAAUGACUACCGCACAAGACUGUCUAAAGCGCUGGCCCUCACAGCCCGGUCCCUGCCGGUGGUGCAGUCUGAUGAACGACUCCAGCCUCUGCUUAGCCACCUCAGCCAUGCCUACGUGGGUCAGGAUUACAGCAUCCAGAAGAACAUUGGCAAAAUCUCCUUGGAACAGAUUGAUUCGCUCUCCACCAAGUCCUUCCCCCCAUGCAUGAGGCAACUCCACAAAGCUUUGCGGGACAGUCACCACCUGCGGCACGGCGGCCGCAUGCAGUACGGCCUCUUCCUCAAGGGCAUCGGCCUCACUCUGGACCAAGCACUGCAGUUCUGGAGGGCUGAGUUCCUAAGGGGCAAAGUGGAUGCUGACAAGUUUGACAAAGCGUACGCCUACAGCAUCCGCCACAUGUUUGGGAAGGAGGGCAAGCGCACCGACUACACCCCCUACAGUUGCAUGAAGGUGAUUCUGUCGAACCCCCCCAGCCAAGGCGAUCAUCACGGAUGUCCAUUUCGCCACAGUGACCCAGAGCUGCUGAAGCAGAAGCUGCAGUCUUAUAAAAUCUCGUCCGGUGGGAUUAACCAGAUCCUGGAGUUAGUCAAGGGGAUGCACUAUCAGCUGGCCUGCCAAAAGUACUUUGAGCUGACACACAGCAUUGACGAUGCUGGUUUUUCGCUGAACCACCCGAACCAGUACUUUAGCGAGAGCCAGAAGCUGCUCACUGGAGGGAAGGAGGUCAAGCGCGAGCUGGACUCCCCACGAAGGCCGCAUGCUGCCGCGGGCAGCGAGAACUCCAAGGCGCCGCCGGAGACACCUUCCAGCUCCAACCGUGUCCCGCAAGAGGUUAUGGACGAUUUGGACUCCUUUUUCCAGGAGGAGUGAAAGGCUGAUUUGUGGAAGAUGACACGUUCCAUUCUGCUUUUUCUUCUGUCACUCUUUUCGUGGCAUGAUGGCUCUCAACAUUUCUGCUUGUGCUUAUAACGAAAGUAGUUUUUGAUCACAUGGCUGCAAUGUAUUGAAAAGGAAAUAACCAGGACCUCAGAUAAUAACGCAGCGUAAAAUUCAAGUAAAACUGAUAAAAAUUGUCUUCCAUUCAGACUGUUGUUCAAAUGUAUGAAUAAA